CACUUGUUUGACACAGACAUAGAGAAAUAGAAUCGGAUCAAGACGACAGUGAUCAGUGAAGCACCAUGGCCUGCGCUGAUGUUGACAUGGACAUCCACGGAGAUGACAACGACCAACAUAGAUCAGGCCUGAGAAUGCCACCACAGAUGCAAUAUUACCAAGCGACAGAGCUCGUACCAGACAAGGAAGGGCCGCUGCAUAGCCUGCUUCAGAAACAACCUGCUGUGUUGGGGUCCAUGCAGAUGGUGAGCGGUGUCCUCAGUGUGGGAGUGGGAAUUGUUUUUGCUGCAACCCAGGAGAUGCAAGCCUCUCUUUUCACACUGUUCAGACUUUCCCAUCUGACAGGAGUGCUUUUCAUCUUUGCAGGAGUUGUGUCCAACCUGUUGUUCAAAUAUCCACGAUUACUACCUGUGUCCCUCCGAGUUAACUGUGGCUGCAUUAUUGUAGCUGCCAUUGCUGCUUGUAUGAUCACCGUUGACCUAGUUGGGUGGGAUCCAGCCAAUGAUCUGUACUUGAGGAUUGAGGUGAUGGAACUUUGUGUGUUGGGACUUGAAGUUUUCCUCUCUGCAAUCCUCUGCGUCUUGUUCAUUAAAGAGAAACAUGCUAAAUCACCAUGAUUGAUUAAAAAUGAUUUCAUAAGCAUAGCA